AUGGCGUUUUUGCACUACAGCUCUGCGCUGGACUCAGAUUUUGCCAAUCGGCGCCGCAUCCAGCUCGCGAAACGGGUCGGCAACUACGCGGCGAGUCAGAUAGCGUCUCAGCCGGGGAAACGCAUAUUCAACCCGGACAACAGGCCGAAGAACGCAAACAAACGCAACGGUAUACUGGAAAAUUCAUACGAACGGUGGAUCGGUAAUGGGAGCCCCUCAUUGGUCGAGCGCGAGGCCCCUGAAAAAGCUCAAGCAUACUCCAAUGAGGACGCCGAGCUACAGACUCUCAUCUGUGGCGACGAGAUUAUUCCAUCUCGGAGUGGAAUAGCGCGCAGUCACGUGAACGCCAGAGGCUCGCUCCAGAGCCAUGUAAGGAUGUUGAACACCCUGUUGCAUAUCAACCUGAUGCAGGGCAGGUGGGAGACCAGCUACCGCAUAUUUGCUCUGCUGGUGCGGGUUUAUGGCACCGACACCAGAGAGCUGUGGCCGGUGGGACUGGAGAUUUUGAAAAGACUCAACGAAAAGGAGACAGGGUGCGAGGACGACCCCACAAAAGCGCGGGUGCGCGCCAAUGAUGGGGUGCCAAGACGGUAUCAGCCCAAGAUAUUCAGAUUUCUGCGGUUUCUCCAGAACUCGCACGACAUGAAGUCGUCGGAGAUAGUGGGGCGAUAUCCUUAUCAGGUCGUCGAUAACGCGCUGGAUAAGCGGCUUGACGAGGACGCAUGCAAGAAGGACUAUCAAACACACCAUUUUCUGCGACUGGAGACCGCCCCCCUGUUCAAGUCGGGCUCCAAAACACAUCUUGCAAUGUACGUAGUGUCGUUGCUAUGGGAACUGACCGUUGCCGGGCAGCACACACAAUUUUACGAGCUCGAGGAAAUGCUAAAGCUUAAUUUCUCAGGCGAGAGUUUUGUGCUCCAAUACCUUAAGGGCAUCAACAAGAUCCGCGAGGGGCUGAAGCUGGAGCGGGACGGUAGGCCCGGCGCCGGGAACGCCAUCAGCGAGGGCGAGACCAUUUUGCGGGAAAUGGGUCUCGAAUGA